CGGAAAUAUACGAUGUUGCCCGAUGUGAUUCAGACACCUGAAUGUCAGCAGAUCUUAUUUCAUAUGCAGACUGCUUGAUGGUUUGCUUUUGCCAGUUAACACUUUAUGCGCAAUGUUUAAAUAUUUAAUAGUUCUUAUUUCAGUGGUCUUGGCCGUAUGGACGGUGCCCGAAUGGCUCACAUUUCCGAUUUAUGGAAGUGUUGUAAAUGUAUUACAGUCGUGGCUGCGGCACACCAGUGGUCUGUCAGCAUCUGCUCCGGAGCGCAUGCUGACCGAAGAUGAGCUGUCUCUUUAUAACGGAGAGCAGAACAGUAAAGGAUUGUACCUGGCGAUUUUAGGACAGGUGUUUGACGUUGAAAGAGGGAGGAAACACUACGGCCCUGGGGGCAGUUACCACUUUUUCACAGGUCGCGAUGCAUCACGGGCGUUUAUCACAGGUGAUUUUACAGAAACAGGUUUAUCAAGUGAUGUCUCGGAUUUCGCUGACUCACAGAUUGUGGCUCUUCAUGACUGGUUGACAUUUUAUCAGAGGGACUACACUCCAGUAGGUAAAUUGAUUGGCCGAUUCUACACAGAGACCGGGCAGCCCACAGAUGCCUUGCGGCAGGUGGAGUCUUUCUUGUCCGCAGGGUUGAAGAAAAAAGCUCAGGCUCAGAAUGAGAUGCAGCUUUACCCAUCAUGUAACUCAGAGUGGAGUGAAUCCAAUGGGGGACGGGUAUGGUGCUCCAAAAAGAGCGGUGGAAUUCAAAGAGACUGGGUUGGAGUACCCAGAAUGCUCUUCACCCCUGGAUCUGGCCACUCCCGAUGUGUGUGUAUUCAACUGUCCAAUCCAAUGCAUUCAGAAAACCGAAAUCUCAGAGAGUACACGGACUGUCCUCCUCACGCCGACUCCUGUCGUAUCACCAAAGAAAAACUUCAAGCGUAGCUCAUACUCCAGGAGAUGCUGUACUUGGUUUGGGUUUAAAUGACCACUUCCUCAGCAUGGGCUGGCCUUAGAAAGAUUUUAACUAAUGUUAUGAUUUAUUGUACCAGCAGUUAUCAUGCAAUUGACAGACCACUGUUAUUUAAUUUCCGAUAUAAUUGAUUGUUGAUUAAAUAAGACAAAUUUU